AGAAAGGCUUUACUGCCUUUGCAGCGCCAGACUGAGCAACUGUUGUUCCUAUUAUUCGUUUCUUUUUAAGAUCUUCCUUUAGCAUCAUCAUAUGUAAAAAGAAGACAAACGCCACCUCUUCCAUACAUCACCUGUCGCUCUUCCUUUAGCUUCUUCAAGAGGUUCAACUCGAGAUCUCCCCCACCCCCUCCCUUUCUUCACUUCAAAAAAGAGAAAAUGCAGUCGCAAAGUGGCAAGGAAGCAGAGGCGGACGGCUACAUGAAAAGCGGCAAGAAGCACCUUGAGAAGUCGCUGUUCCACUUCAAGGCCAACUACGAUGGCGCUGCCGAAGAUUUCGAGAAGGCGGCCCGCAUCUACACGAAUUUGAACAACUACCCCAAGGCGCUCGACGCGUGGACGCGUGCCUCACACGCCAGCUCGAAGGCCCACAACGACUUCAACGCGGCCAAUGCGAUGGAGCGACUGGGCGACUUUGUUGCGCAGUACAUGGCGGAGUCCCUCAACGCCGUGUACUCGGGCACCACCUCCACCGCCACCACUCAGUCUUUCGACCUGCCCAUGUUUAAGGAAGGAAUAAAAGCCUACGAAGAGGCGUCAAAGCUGUACGGCGUAGCAACGAAUGGGGCGAAGCAAGCGAGCGCGCUGAAGAAAGCCGUGGAUUUAAUUUUGCGCUCGCUUGCGGCAGGGCAGCGUCAGCCGUUGAAGCCCGACCCCAUCGUGAACAAGAGCGCGAACGCCGCGAACAUCAGUUUUCUGCAAGAUGAAUACAAGCGUGUUGUGCCCGAGGUGAUUGCGUUGAUGCAGCGCAACUGGGAGGCCACGGAGUCGAAGCCGUUUGAGCUGCCAGACAUCUACCGCGGGUACAUCCUCUUCCACCUCCGCGCCGGUAACGUGGAAGGCGCGGUGCAGGUGGAGAAGAACAUGAUCGGUGUCGUCAGCACCAGCUCCGCCGACGGCACCUACGAUGACAGCAGGAACUUGUUUCGCAUCCUGAACCAGCCGACAAACGCGGCCAAGGCGGGGCUGGAAAUUGUCGUGCUGUGCCUCAGCACGUCGGUGGACGAUGGGUACACAUGGGCGAACAUCGAGAUGGGCCGUCUCGGUGCUGUCUUUGGCUUCUGCGGCUCGCCAGAAGAGCAGACGGCCGUGGCGCUGUUGGCGGCUUACGCGGACCGCGACGAGGAGGCGCUCCAGGAGGUGCUCAAGACGCAUUCGUGCUUCAACUUCUUGGCGGCGGACGUCUCGAGAAUCGCGAAGAAGUUAACGAUGGGGGCGAAGGCUCGUCCGAAGGCAGUAGCGGGCGCGACCUCGCCGACACCCGCAGUCGCCGGUGGCGCCGCAGCCUCUCCGCCAGCAGGACAGACGCACCUCUCGGAGACCGACGAGGACGAUCUACGGUAG